AUUUUCUCCCCUCCAAAACUCCUUCCACAUCUUAUCCAUUGACAAAGAUGCAACUCUUCGCCUGCGGUGAGAACAGCGACGACUCUCUCGGGGAGCCACGAGCUUGUCGGAGACGGAACGUUGCCUUUCAUCAUUGCGAGCAUCCCGACCUGGACCUGGUGUACACCCCGCAUUGUCCUCUGUGGGUUCUGCGACCGAAGAAGGUCCUCGAAGGAAAAGAGAUUCGCCCCAUCAACUGCGAUACCGGCUCCACCUUUUUCGACGUGGACGGAGACCUCAGACACUUUGGGUGGGGGUCUCUGUCCGGAUCUCAGCGAGCGGGGGUACUGGAGGCGGGCACGGAGAACCUCAUCCAUAUCAUCCGACUUGCAGACGGGUUCGCUUUCCUGCUCAGAGAUGGGAGUCUUCUAAUCGCCAGGAAGUCCGGCUCCCAUAGGAUUGAUGGCAAAGGCAUCAAACACAUUGCUGCAAGACGAGUCAACGACUGGAACCCGGAUUUGGUCUCCGGAGCGGUAGCGGUGGUCUUUGCAGAUGAUCCGAAAACAGUUCUCUCGUGGGACUCAUGGCAACACAUGUGCUCCUUCCUGGAAGAUCCCAUCGGCAGUCCCCCUCCAAUCCACGCCGCUACCUUUGCCUCUCCCGUGAUCCAGUUGACAUCGGAAUUUGCCGCGCUCACGGAGGCAGGCGAAGUCUUCCAAUGGGGAGACGAGCGUCUGGAACAACCACCCGUUGUCCCCGACGAUGACGAAGGGUUUGAGCAAGCUGAAUUUGCAGCUCGUAUCUUGAACGAGCCUAUUACCUCGUGGCCUGCUAGACCCCCGAGACGGCUCAACUACAAGCCGCACAAACUGCCCCUUCCGCCCAUCAAAAAGCUAUCUACGGGCCGCGCUUAUGCUACUGCGAUCACACACACUGGCGACCUUUAUUUGAUGGGUUCGAAAAGCGGGCAUUGGCCGGACAUCGAAGAUGCCAAUCCCAGAAAGGCUCUCGAGUUUCAACCCGCGACGAUCCCUCCUGACAAGCCUGCAAACACACAAGGUCUGCGGAUCCAGCAUGCAGCUGUGGGUGGCCGGCAUGUCGUAGCUGUCGCCACUGAUGGAUCUCUGUGGUCGGCUGGCGAUGGGCUUUCUGGCCAGUUGGGCAUUGGGGUCAGACAGUUCGGGUUAUGUACCCCGGAUGGCGUGGUUGACAUGGAGGCCAAUGAGACCGAGGAGGAGUUUGCUCUCAAGUGGGAGAGAAUGGAGGUAGAAGCCCUCCGGAAUCGAGAAUGCGUGGCGGUGUUUGCGAAUGAGCAGCAAACCUUCAUCUUGACUCGGGAUCCGGACUAGAUUCUGUGAAAUGCUGACUUCUGG